AUGGCUGGAUACCAGCUCUGGUCACCGUGGACCCCGCUGGACGAGAGCUUCCAGUGGCUGAGGCACACGACGCCUACGCCUUCUUCCAAGCACCCUUUCAGGGCUUCCCCCUGCUUCCCACACACCCCUUCUGACCUGGAGGUGCAGCUGUGCUUUCAAGAGGUCACUCUAGUCCUGGACAACCCAGUCCCGGAAACGGGGGUGAGUCCCAAGCUACCCAGCCACACCUCCGAGCUCCGAAGCACAACCAGCAAGAAAGGGCUGGUCAAGAAGCCCCAGCCCGUGCGCCUCAGCGGCGUGGACUCCGUCUUCGGCAGGGUCAUCACGGCGCAGCCGCCCAAGUGGACUGGGACCUUCCGGGUUUCCGACAAGUCGGCCUUCUGCAAGAUCAUCAGCCGGGAGCACCAGUGGCCCACUGGCCUGAAGGAGCCCCAGGUGCAGAUGACGGUGACCAUGUGCAAGCAGAUGCUGCGCUCCAUCCUGCUGCUCUACGCCGCCUACAAGAAGUGCACCUUCGCCUUGCAGCACUCCAGGUAG